CGGCGGGCGGGGCGGGUAUAAAGGGGUGGCCGCGGCCCGGUGCCCUCCCUCCUGCUUCCUCGCGCCCGCGCCCCGGGCCGUCCUGACCGGAGGCUCCUCGGAACCAGGACUUCAAGGCCACGGCUCCCGCCAAGAUGCUCCAGGGUCCGCGCUCCGCGCUCCUGCUCUGGGGAAUCCUGGGGGCCAUCUGGGCCCAGCAGCAGGAGGUCAUCUCGCCAGACACUGCUGAGAGAAACAACAACUGCCCAGAGAAGACCGACUGCCCCAUCAAUGUGUACUUCGUGCUGGACACGUCAGAGAGCGUCGCCAUGCAGUCCCCCAUGGACAUCCUGCUCUUCCAUAUGAAGCAGUUCGUGCCGCAGUUCAUCAGCCAGCUGCAGAACGAGUUCUACCUGGACCAGGUGGCGCUGAGCUGGCGCUACGGCGGCUUGCACUUCUCUGACCAGGUGGAGGUGUUCAGCCCACCGGGCAGCGACCGGGCCUCCUUCAUCAAGAGCCUGCAGGGCAUCAGCUCAUUCCGCCGCGGCACCUUCACCGACUGCGCACUGGCCAACAUGACGGAGCAGAUCCGGCUGCACGGGAGCAAGGGCACUGUCCACUUCGCCGUGGUCAUCACCGACGGCCACGUCACUGGCAGCCCCUGUGGCGGCAUCAAGCUGCAGGCCGAGCGGGCCCGGGAGGAGGGCAUCCGGCUCUUCGCGGUGGCCCCCAACCAGAACCUGAAGGAGCAGGGCCUGCGGGACAUCGCCAGCACGCCACACGAGCUCUACCGCAGUGACUACGCCACCAUGCUGCCCGACUCCACCGAGAUCGACCAGGGCACCAUCAACCGCAUCAUCCAGGUCAUGAAACACGAAGCCUACGGAGAGUGCUACAAGGUGAGCUGCCUGGAAAUCCCUGGGCCCCCUGGUCCCAAGGGCUACCGUGGACAGAAGGGUGCCAAGGGCAACAUGGGUGAGCCAGGAGAGCCGGGCCAGAAGGGAAGGCAGGGAGACCCUGGCAUUGAAGGCCCCAUUGGAUUCCCAGGACCCAAGGGCGUUCCUGGCUUCAAAGGAGAGAAGGGUGAAUUUGGAGCCGACGGUCGAAAGGGGGCCUCCGGCCUGGCUGGCAAGAAUGGGACCGAUGGACAGAAGGGCAAGCUGGGGCGCAUCGGACCUCCUGGCUGCAAGGGAGACCCUGGAAACCGGGGCUCCGAUGGUUACCCGGGGGAAGCAGGGAGCCCCGGGGAGCGAGGAGACCAAGGUGGCAAGGGGGAACCUGGCCGCCCAGGACGCAGAGGGCCCCCGGGAGACAGCGGGGCCAAAGGAAGCAAGGGCUAUCAAGGCAACGACGGAGCCCCAGGAAGUCCAGGCCUGAAAGGAGCCAAGGGCGGGCCCGGGCCCCGCGGACCCAAAGGCGAGCCCGGGCGCAGGGGAGACCCCGGCAGCAAGGGCAGCCCAGGCAUCAAUGGCACCAAGGGGGAGAAGGGGGACCCUGGCCCUGAGGGGCCCCGAGGCCUGGCUGGAGAGGUUGGCAGCAAAGGAGCCAAGGGAGACCGAGGCUUGCCUGGACCGAGAGGUCCCCAGGGGGCUCUUGGGGAGCCGGGAAAGCAGGGAUCUCGGGGAGACCCUGGUGAUGCAGGGCCCCGUGGAGACUCAGGACAGCCAGGCCCCAAGGGAGACCCUGGCAGGCCUGGAUUCAGCUACCCAGGACCCCGAGGAGCACCCGGAGAAAAAGGCGAGCCCGGCCCACGAGGCCCUGAGGGAGGCCGAGGCGACUUUGGCUUGAAAGGAGGACCUGGGAGGAAAGGAGAGAAAGGAGAGCCUGUGAGUGUCGUCAUCCUGAAGCCCACAGCAGCUGGACAGAGGCGGGGAGGGGCCCUGAGGCUAAGCAGGCGCCUCAGAGGACAGGACCUGCCUGCGUCCCCGCUUGGCUGCCUCCACGCAUGGGCUGGAGUGUCCUGGGGCCCCUGGGCCAGGACCUUGCUGUGGAAACUCCUCUGGGCCCCUGGGGGACUGCCCUGCCUGAUGCCUGCCUUGCAGGAGUGUGACGUCAUGACCUACGUGAGAGAGACCUGUGGGUGCUGCGACUGUGAGAAGCGCUGUGGCGCCCUGGACGUGGUCUUCGUCAUCGACAGCUCCGAGAGCAUUGGGUACACCAACUUCACGCUGGAGAAGAACUUUGUCAUCAACGUGGUCAACAGGCUGGGCGCCAUUGCUAAGGACCCCAAGUCCAAGACAGGGACACGCGUGGGCGUGGUGCAGUACAGCCACGAGGGCACUUUUGAGGCCAUCCAGCUGGACGACGAGCGCAUCGACUCCCUGUCGAGCUUCAAGGAGGCCGUCAAGAACCUCGAGUGGAUUGCGGGCGGCACCUGGACACCCUCGGCCCUCAAGUUUGCCUACGACCGCCUCAUCAAGGAGAGCCGGCGCCAGAAGACACGCGUGUUCGCAGUGGUCAUCACGGACGGGCGCCACGACCCUCGGGACGACGAUCUCAACCUGCGGGCGCUGUGCGACCGCGACGUCACGGUGACGGCCAUCGGCAUCGGGGACAUGUUCCACGAGAAGCACGAGAGUGAGAACCUCUACUCCAUCGCCUGCGACAAGCCGCAGCAGGUGCGCAACAUGACGCUGUUCUCCGACCUGGUGGCUGAGAAGUUCAUCGACGACAUGGAGGAUGUCCUCUGCCCAGACCCUCAGAUCGUGUGCCCAGACCUUCCCUGCCAAACAGAGCUGGCGGUGGCACAGUGCACGCAGCGGCCCGUGGACGUCGUGUUCCUGCUGGAUGGCUCCGAACGGCUGGGCGAGCAGAACUUCCACAAGGCGCGGCGCUUCGUGGAGGAGGUGGCGCGGCGGCUGACGCUGGCGCGGAGGGAAGACGACCCCCUGAACGCGCGCGUGGCGCUGCUGCAGUUCGGGGGCCCCGGGGAGCAGCAGGUGGCCUUCCCACUGAGCCACAACCUCACGGCCAUCCACGAGGCGCUGGAGGCCGCGCGCUACCUCAACUCCUUCUCGCACGUGGGCGCGGGGGUGGUGCACGCGGUCAACGCCAUCGUGCGGGCGCGCGGCGGGGCGCGGCGGCACGCGGAGCUGGCAUUCGUGUUCCUCACGGACGGCGUCACGGGCAACGCCAGCCUGCAGGAGGCCGUGCACUCCAUGCGCAAGCAGAACGUGGUGCCCACUGUGGUGGCCGUGGGCGGCGACGUGGACAUGGACGUGCUCACCACGCUCAGCCUGGGCGACCGCGCCGCCGUGUUCCGCGAGAAGGACUUUGAAGCCCUGGCGCGGCCCGGCUUCUUCGACCGCUUUAUCCGCUGGAUCUGCUAGCGCCGCCCGGUCCGGCCGUCCAUGGUGCUAAGUGGCCCGGGCCCCGCGCUCGCUCGAAGGACGCCCCAGGCCCGCCCUGCCCCCUAGAGGGCCCGCCCUACCCCCAGAGCCCCCGCGGGGUCCCCUAGCCCCUGCCUGGCCCAGCCUCCCUCCACCCCCUGCAGCCCUCCCAAGGCUCCUGACCUGCCUGGCCCUGAACUCCGGAGCAAGCCCUGACCCAAUAAAAACGCUCUGAACCCAC